AUGGUGUCGUUCCCUUGCUGGUGUGGCGGUGGCGGUGGCGGUGCUUCUUCUUCCGACCUCGGCGUUUCUUCGGCGUCACUCCCCGUGAGGUCGGGUGUGGUCGCGGCCCGAGAGUGGGCUGUGGGGUCAGCUGGUGGAUCACCGCUGGUCGAGGCGGUGGCAGGUCUGGAUACUUGGGAUUCGGGAGUGGCUCCCACCUCAGGUGGAUGUCGCCUUCCCAUCCUCGAGCCUGGCUCGGCUCCAGCAUCGCCAGCACCUGUAGGCACAGAUAGGGGAGGGAGAACAGCAGGCACCCUAGGUACAUUGCGCCCAGGGUCAUCAGCAGGAGCCGGCAGUAUCCUCCGCCUCGUACUCCUACGCGCACCUGGUCCUCCCCUUUGUUCCCCACCACCAUCAUCCUCCCCGGGGGAGUCUGGUGGGGGUCCUGGCGGGCCCUGGUCCCCGUCAUCGUCUUCCACCUCCUCUGGACCUCUCGCUCCUUCUGGUGGCACCGCCCUUUUUUGGGCCCGGAGAGCUGCACUGGAGAAGUCUGCUUCACCCGGGACGGAACUGCUUCCCUUGUUGAAUCCUUUCAAAUCUCGGUAGGAACCUCCAGAUCUGUCGUGGAAAUCAUCCACUUCCCAAAACCUCCAAUCCAACUAGCACUCUGAUGUCAAAGACCCGAAGGAGAACACCAAGACGAGAGAAGCUGG